GAAGAAACACAGCAGAAAACUUACGUCUGUGAGAUAGUCUAUUCCAAGAUACCGUGGCAUUUUUGCGUCGUAUCAGAAGCUUAUUUUUCUUUGUGAACUCUCAGUAUUCCUUUCGCCAAAUUCAUGGCCUUUUGGGGUUGUUGUAAAAGUUGCCAGUCGACAGCCGUGCACUGCGACAAUUUCGCGCGCUUUUUCAUGAAGGAACGCUCCCUCUCCACCCUCAGACAAAACAUUGCUUUGUGACCGAGCUUUGUACAUGCACGUGGAAAAUCCAAGAUGUCGUCUUUGGCGAAGCAGCUAAAACAGCUUCAAAUUCCGGGCAGUUUGCCUUCAACUGCUACUGCUAAAGCGAGCAAAAAGGCAUCUUUGCUCUUUGACUCUAAAGAAGCAGCUGAUAUUGACAAUGAAACGGUAUUUUCAAUCGGUUUGAAUGGCCUGGAAGAGUUGAAAGUUAUCGAACCAGCGUUCUCGACUUUCGAUAAUUCGCUAUUUGGCGAUACCUCGAAGUCACUUGAGAGAGCCCUGCAGUCGAAAGACGUCAACGAGAAGCUAGACAAGCACAUUGCAAAGUUUCUGCAAUAUUUAUCUCCAUAUUUCUUACUGAAACCAGCUCAUAAGGUCUUGGAGUGGUUAAUACGACGCUACCAGAUUCAUGUGCACAAUGUUGAUACCUUGGUAACUUGUAUUCUUCCCUACCACGAAACAAACUUGUUUUCUCGUGUGCUGCAACUGUUAUCGAUAAAAGAUCCUUCGUCGAAAUGGAACUGGCUUCGUCCGGUUCAAAAAGCUAGUUCGCCUCUCUCCAAGACGGCUUUCUUGCAACAUUGUGUUUCGGAUCCUGGGUUUUUCUCUCUUAUCUGUGAAAUGGUAAAAGAAGGCAUAAAACUGGAAAUCCCGCCGUCCAGCUUGAGAGUCUUGUUCACAUUUUACACAUCAACAGUUGUUGGCGUAUUGGAUAUGUUGCCGAAGGUCACAGAGAGGUUUAUAAACCAAUUAUUGCCUUAUUUACUGGAAGGACUCAAGUCUGCCUUACCUGAAAUGGUUGCUUCCUCUUACAUGAUUACAGCUCAGCUCUGUUCUAAGUGCAAUAUGGAGGAAACUUUAGUGAAAUCCCUAACUGACAGUAUUUGCAAGAACUUAAAACCAAGAAUUACUAUUGAGGGUCUGUCUUGUCUCACCUAUAUAUGUCAAUCCCAAGGUGUGAAAAAAUUAUCAAAACGGUAAGUUUUUGAGGAUAAUCAUUAGCUGUUGGGAUUUAAAGUCCAGUGUGUGAUGAAAUGUGUAUUCCCCGUGUUUGAAGGAAAGAUCCUUCUGAGAAAAACAAAUCACAUGAGUUGAGUACUUUUCUGAUGCUGGACUCAAAUUACAUGCACAUGUACUGUAUGUUUAAAUAGCAAUAUAAUAAGUGAAAAAUUCAGUUCUUCAUGUGUAACAUAUGUGACCCUCCACGGGAUUUCCAGCAUAAUGGUGAUGACACGGGCACGCUAUUUUAGUACGGUAGACAAAAGAAAUUUUUGUUAACAUGGUAGCAGUGU